AUGAGAGCCGCAGCCCCAGCAGCACGCGCCCUUCGGUGUGCCCCGCCCAGUCGAACCUGUCUCAACUGCCGACGCCAGAUCAGAUCCUUCUCGAGCUCGACGGCACCCACGAUACCCCCGCGGGCAGGCAUUGCGCCAUUGGCAUCGCGACAGCUCCUUUCAAUCGCCGGCCCGGACGCCGCCAAGUUCUUGCAGGGACUCGUCACUGCCAAUGUGGUGGAAAAGGACGGUCUUCCCAGGACCGAUGGGUUCUACGCCGGUUUCUUAACCGCUACGGGGAGGGUCCUGCACGAUCUUUAUAUAUACCCCAAUACAAAGCAACUGGCGGGUGUCCAGGAGGAGAAUGCCUUCUUGGUGGAGGUGGAUGCCAAUCACCUCGACUCGCUGGCGAGGUUCAUCAAGCGAUACAAGCUCCGGGCCAAGGUGACUGUGCGCAAGGUCUUGCCGGACGAGGUCAAUGUGUGGCAGGCGUGGGACGAAAUCUCCAAUUCCGACCUGCAGCUCGCCUCGACGAGCGUCAAUCCCAAUAUUCUCCUCAAGGACGUCCGAGCUCCGAGUUUUGGGUACCGUAUCCUGCAGUCUGGGCAGCACAAGCCCGAGGUGGACUUGGACGAGACGACAGAGGAUGCGUAUACGAUACGGCGGUACCUGAACGGCGUGGCGGAGGGCCAGGACGAGAUUCUACGAGAGACGGCUCUGCCGCAGGAGAGCAACAUGGAUUACAUGAACGGGAUCGAUUUCCGCAAGGGCUGCUACAUUGGCCAGGAGCUCACGAUCCGCACCAAGCACCGUGGUGUCGUACGGAAGCGCAUUCUUCCUUGUGUGAUAUACGGCAAGUCCGAGCCUAUUCCUACGAGCCUGCAGUACAUCCCGCAGGCCGGUGGUGGAAGCGGAGCCUCGACGCCAACGGCGGACCUGGUGCCCCGGGAUACCAGCAUUGGACGCAUUGGGAAGCGCGGGCGGAGCGCAGGGAAGUGGCUGAAGGGCGUGGGGAACAUCGGCCUGGGCUUAUGCCGUCUGGAGAUCAUGACCGACAUCACCCUGCCUGGUGAGGUUGCCGCUGCGUCCUUCCAGCCGGACCACGAGUUCCAGCUUGAAUGGGGCGAGGAUGGCGAUAAGAGCGGGGUUAAGGUAAAAGCCUUUGUACCUAACUGGCUGAGGAGUGGACUGAACGAGGCGGCACAAGGGUAG